AAGGAGCUGCUUAACAGAGAUUGCGGGGCUGCUGUGCAGGGUUUUUCUUGUUUGUCUCUUUUUUAACCGUAGCUGUAACAAUUUGUUUUGUAGGUCGCUUACGCUAUUUUGCAGCACUAGUUGAUUUUAAAUAUAGCUCGCUAGUUUCACGUAUGUUGGUGUUUAUUAUUAUUUUUUAGCAAUUUCAAAGAAAGAGAAAUGAAAAGUUUAGGCCUUUUAUUGUUUUAAAAUUAAUCGUUGUAAGUAGAUAUUUAGACAGCUGUGGAUAUAUUUUACCUAUCAGCUAUGUUGUUAACCGACAACCAGGUCAGUCUCAGUGUUUUUACGUCUGUAACGGACACAACUGAUGAACCGAUCCGAGCUGCGGUGCCCCCUUCAGUGGAGCUCGGACUAACCGUUGUGUAUACGAUUCUGUACUCGCUGCUCUUUGUGUUUGUUUACCUGCAACUCUGGCUCAUUUUGCACUAUGGCCACAAGCGCUUCAGCUAUCAGAGUGUUUUUCUUUUUCUCUGUCUGCUGUGGUCAGCGCUGAGGACUACGUUGUUUUCUUUCUACUUCAAGAACGUUGUUCAGGCGAACCAAUUACAGCCUUUGCCUUACUGGUUUUUGUACUGCUUCCCCGUAUGCCUGCAGUUCUUCACACUGUGUCUGCUAAAUCUGUAUUUUGCACAGGUAAUGUUUAAAGCCAAAGCUAAAUAUUCUCCAGAGCUGAACAAAUACAAGGUUCCUCUGCGGCUGGGCUUCCUGUUCGCCAGCCUGUUCUUCCUGGUGGUGAACAUCACGUGCGCCAUGCUGGUGCAGGGCAGCGUGGGGGAGGGGGAGGUGAAGCACACCGUGCUGGCUCGCGUCCUCAUCAACGACAGCCUCUUCGUGCUCUGCGCCGUCUCCCUCGCCGUCUGCAUCUUCAGGAUCGCCAAGAUGUCCUCCGCCAACGUCUACCUCGAGUCCAAGGGCACUUCCGUGUGCCAGGCUACGGCGAUUGGGGCGGCGGUCAUCCUGCUCUACACCUCUCGGGCCUGCUACAACCUGGUGGUGGUGGCCCUGUCCCCUGAGGACCGGCCCAGCCCCUUCAACUACGGCUGGUACAACGUGUCCGACCAGGCCGAUGUGGAGAAGAUCAGCGGGGAGGCCUACAUUGUGUUCGGGAUCAUCCUGUUUUUCUGGGAGCUUCUGCCCACCAGCUUGGUGGUGGUGUUCUUCAGAGUCCAGCGGCCCAAUCAGAACCUGGCUCCCGGCGGGAUGAUAAACAGUCACAGCUUCAGCUCCAGGGCGUACUUCUUCGACAAUCCACGCCGCUAUGACAGCGACGACGACCUGUCCAGGAGCAUCACGUCCAGAGGGGACCGGGGCAGCAGCAUCCAGUCCUCCACCCCCCAGCCCGGGCCCAGCUGGUACGGCUCCAUCCAGAGAAACGGCAGCCUGACGGGGCUACCGCACCUGCUGAACGGGGCCCCCUCCUCCACCGCUCCCCUGCUCCUGGCCUACGGCAACAUCCAGACCAACCAGCACCACAACUACUACUCCACGCCGCAGAACUGCUACUCCACGCCACAGAACUGCUACUCCACGCCGCAGAACUGAGCCCCCGGCUCAGCCUCGCUCGCUACCCGGCCGAGGACACUGGGUGUGUCCGGCCCGCAGCUGCGCUGCAGACCUGUUAACGCGCAUAUCCGCCUGGGCUAUUCCACGGCUCCUCCCCCCGCCUCCUCCUCCUCCUCCUCCUCCUCCUCCUAUCCAGGCUGAUGGCCGUCACCAUGGCGAGGACCCACAGGGGCAGGAAGUUAACAGAUGGGACCAGGCCAGGGGGCAGGUGCCGCACCGUAGGGGGGUGGGGGGCGGGGGGGGAGAUUCUCUCCCUCCCCCUCGUGAGCUUGUUUAUUUGGCUGUUUUAGCUUUUUAUUCCUUUUCCAUUAUAACUGGGAAACAUUGUUUUUAAAGAAAUGGAUUCAAAGAUGCAAAGCUUGGUUGGACAACAGGAAAAUAAUUUCUACUGAACACUUGGAAAUUUGCUUUCCCCUCAAGUCGAUGACUUUCUUGGCUUUAUCCAGAAGAGGCAAACCUUCUCAAACUGAAAGUCUUCUCAGACUGUCGUGGACCAGUCUCUGUGCCGUCGACUUGCCCCUUUUGCGCACCGUGAAUAUUCCCCC